CGCUCCUUGCUUGUUGCCUGAUGAGAAGCUCCCUGUCGUCGCUGGCUCCCUUCUGAUGCGGCUUCCGCUCCCACGUACCGCACCCGACAAACGGUCGACGCCGCCUGCCGGCUCGGAGCAGCGGCAAACAGCGGACGGAGGCGAUAGAGGCGGGCGUUGGACUCCACGGGUGAGCAUCUCGGCCCUCCAUCGUCAUCCACCACCGCCGCCUAGCUCGUCGCCGCCGCCUCCGCUGGACGCACAUGCUGCUCUAACGUCGGCGGCGGUCAGUCUCCGCUCGAAGAACACAAUGAGGACGCCACGCUGGAUAUCCCCACGCUCGCGGAAGCCAGCGCCCUCCGAGCCGGCGUGUGAAUGUUGCACCGACGGCGUGUCAGAGCUGCGCCUGAACCAGCAGGGUUCGCUGGUCAUCACGCUCCGACGAGCGACGGGCCUGCGCCGAGCCGACGUGCGAGUGCUCGGUGGAAGCUCUGACCCGUACGCCGUCGUGGCCGCGGCAGGAGGCGCGCCCGCCACGAGUAGCACCGUCAAGUCGAGUCUUUCUCCAACCUGGGAGGAGACCCUGCGGCUCGCUGGCGGCAUCGCGUUCCGCGAAGUGCUUCGCCACCCUCUGACUGUGACCAUCAUGGACCGCGACACGAAGAAGAUCCGCGAGCUCCUCUCCUCCUCGGACGACGUGCUCGGAACGGUCUCGGCGUCGCUAUUGCCGGCGCUCGCCGACGAAGACGCUGCCGACCUCGUGCUGCCCUUGUCUCCUCCCGGCCGCGGGACAGUGUACCUUCGCGUCGAGUGGCGGCCGGCGGCGGUGACGUUUGAAGUGUGGGAUUCUUCGCCAACCGCGCAGCCGCCAGACCCGCCGGUCGAGGUUGUCCACCGCACGACGGGGGCGGGCGUCGCGGAAACCAAGGCGUCGCUGCUCGAGGCGUCGCUGCUCGAGGCCUGCUAUGAUGAUGCGGGGCAGGACCCCAGCGACGAGGCGCCGGAGGACGAGGCACCGGCGAGCACGCGGCAGUACGGCACCGGCUGCUGCAUCUGCUGCAUCGGCUCGCACUCGCAGGCGCAGAGAAUCAUCGUUCCCUGUGUGGUGAUGUGAAUCUGCAGAAUCUGAGAGGAGACUGUGCCACAAGGACAGCUGUGAGCUCGGAGAGCUUGUGACAAAAAGACCCUGCACAACGAUCGCACGGCCACGGGCGGGGACCCGUUCCUUUUUUCCCAUCUCCUAGUAAAAGUCUCCGUUUUUAUUUAUUUACAGAGCUCUGUC